AUGGCGCCAUCUAUCGGCGUGUCCGAGUUCUACGCUGGGAAGACAAUUUUUAUUACUGGAGCCACCGGUUUUAUGGGAAAAGUCUUAAUAGAAAAACUAUUAAGAUGUUGUCCCGAUGUGAAGCGGAUAUAUGUAUUGAUGCGACCGAAAAGGGGGCAAACUACAAAAGAGCGAAUUGACGACUUUAUAAAUUGCCGGGUUUUCGACUACCUUCAAGACAAAUCACCGAAAUCAUUUGACAAAAUAUCUGUAAUACAAGGUGAUAUUCUUCAAGAUGAUCUCGGAAUCUCUAUUCAGGACUGGGAUACUCUGCAGAGAGAGACCGAAAUACUAUUCCAUUGUGCAGCAUGCGUACGAUUCGACAUGUUCAUACGAGACGCAGUCAACAUGAAUACAUUCGGAACGUAUAAAGUAUUGAAAUUGGCUGAUGGUAUGAAAAAACUCCAGGUUUUCAUACACGUGUCAACAUCGUACUGUCGCUGCGAGGUCCAUACACUAGAGGAGCGCCUGUAUCCCUCGCAACACAAACCUCAAAAUAUAAUGCAGUGUAUGCAGUGGAUGGACGAUGAUCUUCUAACUUACCUUCAACCUAAACUCAUCGAACCGCAGCCGAACACGUAUGCGUAUACCAAGUCGCUGACCGAAGACCUGGUGUCACAGCACGCGGGAAAGUUCCCAAUCGUAAUCGCUAGACCAUCGAUUGUAACCGCAGCAUACAAGGAGCCAUUGCCUGGUUGGGUCGACAACUUAAAUGGACCAACUGGACUUUUAGUCGGAGCUGGCAAAGGUGUAAUCCGUACUAUGCACUGCAACGACAGCUACUUGGCCGACGUAAUUCCAGUCGACAUGGCUGUGAAUGCCUGUAUCAUUCUGUCAUACCUCACUGCCCUAGAAAAGCCCAAAGAUAUCAGAAUCUGUAACGUCACACAAUCUGGUCACAACGGAAUCACUUGGGGACAAGCUCUUGACCUAGGUCGAAUCCACGUACAAGAGUUUCCUUUCUCCGUCUGCCUCUGGUAUCCAGGAGGCUCACCAAAGAACUCCAAAGUUCAGCAUUUGAUAGCCGCGUUCUUUACACACAUCCUGCCAGCUUAUUUCGUCGAUUUCCUCAUGUUCUUAAUGGGCAAGAAGACUUUUAUGGUGAAAAUACAGAAACGUGUCAGCUACGGCUUAGAAGUUCUUCAGUAUUAUACAACUAAGGAAUGGUUCUUCAAUAAUGAUUAUUACCGAUCGCUCGAAAAGCAGAUUUCUAAAGCUGAUAACGAAAUAUUUUAUACGAAUAUAGAGGUUGUGAACUGGAGUUCAUACAUAAGGAACUACAUAAAAGGCGCAAGGGAGUUUUGUCUCAAAGAGGACCCAUCGACACUGCCACAGGCCAGAAAACUGCAUAGACAAUUGUAUUACUUGGACAAAGCUGUACAAUUCGUCGUAUACUCUCUGAUCGUGUACUUCAUUUAUUACUAUAUAAUUAGGUACUUGAGUCAAUACAUGUAAAUAUGUCUGUAUGUAGGUAACAUUGAGUAAAUAUAAUACAUAUGUGUAAGACUAAUGUUGAUUAGAUUUAUUGUUUUAAUAAAGAUUGAAUUUUAUUUGAAGAUGUGGGAUUUUAUAAUUAUAGAGAGUCGAUGAUUGUACUCAAGCUGAGACUACCAAUGAAUUUGUAAUGAAAUUUUUUUUUUCUCAUGAGCGUUGUCAUUAUGGGCAUAGCCACGAUGUCAAUGAACUUUCUCUAUUGAAUUUGUACCUUGAAAACAAUCCUAUAAAUUAUAAUAUUUUGACAUAUUUUUGUUUACAGAGUUAUUUCUUACUUAGUUUCGAAUACCAAAUUCUCAUUUUAGUUUAGAAGAGAAAUGCUGAUAAUUAAGUAACAUAAUUCAAGAAAAUAUUUAAAUAGUCUUUAGAUUUUUAUUUAACAUAAUUAUAUUUUUAUACGACUUAUCAACAGUAUCCUAAUAAAAAGAGCAUUUUUAUGUCUGUACGUCGUGAUAGAUAGCUAUCAUUUUUUUUUUAUAUACAACAGGUCGGGAAUAUUCAUAUUAAAUAUGUUUAGGCGUUAGUAAUGUUUUAGUUUUGUAAAUCAAAUUUGUAAGUUAAUUAAUUUUAAUACCAUUAAUAAUUGACAAAUUAUCACAUUACUACAACAAAUUGCGAAUUUGCAAUAUUCCGAAUUUGUAUUGUUAAAUUAUUACUUUGCGGAAUAUUGCAAAUUAGCACUUUGCAAUUCCUACAUUCAGUAUUUUAUUAAAAAAUUACAGUUAUUGAGAGGGAUUAGUUUAAGUAAUUUAAAUGAACCCGACACACGGUACCUAUAAAGCCUUUAGCCAAUAAUGUGAUAUUUCGCAAAUAAUGACAAUUUGCAAAAUUUUGCAUUUUUAUUAAAUAAUAAGUUUAAAUUUUACCAAAAAAAUAAACUACUUAAGUUUAUAUUCAAUUGUUGUUGUGUUUUUUGUCUGUGGUAUAAUCAUUAAAUAAAACAAAAAAUAUAUAAAUAUUGGAUGAA